CUGAGCGCUGAGUGGAGUAUGCUGCAGACGAUUUACGAGGGCGAGUCAAGUUUCUCCACAACAGAGGGGCGCGUUGGACACCAGCAGCUCCCAAACCAGAGCAAGAUGCACAACAUGAACAACUCAGUGGAUAUUAAGCCAGACGUCCCGUUGGCUGUGGAACCGUUGUCUCCCUUGGACCUGCGCACCGAUCUGAGGAUGUUGGGGCCAGGCUCAGACCCAGGACUGUGGGAGAGGCAGCUGCAGCAGGAGCUGCUCCUCAUUCAAAAACAGCAACAAAUCCAGAAGCAGUUACUGAUCAGCGAGUUCCAGAAGCAGCAUGAGAAGCUGACCCGUCAGCACCAGGCGCAGCUCCAGGAGCAUCUCAAGCUCCAGCAGGAGCUGCAGGCCAUGAAGCAGCAGCAGGAGCUCGCAGAGAAGGAGCGUCGUUUGGAGCAGCAGCAACAACAGAACCAGCAGGAGAAAGAGCAGGAAAGGCAUCGGCGGGAGCAGCACGUCUCCAGCCUGAGCCUCAGGGGCAAGGAGCGCUCCCGAGAGAGUGCAGUUGCCAGUACAGAAGUUAAGCAGAAACUCCAAGAGUUUCUGCUGAGCAAAUCAGCAAAAGAUCCGGUCAGCAAUGGAGCAAGUCAUUCUUUCAUUCACCACCAAAAGCUCUGGUACACGUCCUCUCAUCACACAUCAUUGGACCAAAGCUCCCCACCUCUGGGCGGCACAUCCCCCACCUGCCAGUACACUCUGCCAUCACCCAUAGAGAGCAAGGACGACUUCCCCUUGAGGAAGACAGCAUCUGAGCCUAACUUAAAGGUACGAUCCAGACUGAAGCAGAAGGUGGCAGAGAGGAGAAGUAGCCCGAUGUUGAAGAGAAGAGAUGGAAACAUCAUGACUCCUUACAAGAAAAGGGCUCUAGAACUGAUGGACUCUGCGCCCACUAACAGUGCCCCUGGGUCGGGCCCCAGCUCUCCCAUUGGGGCCUCCAGUGCCUUAGGGGCUGAAAAUGGACCCUCUUCUCUGCCUACUACCACAAAAACAGAGAGAUGGCCUUCCCAGCCAAGAUUAUUUCGACCUGAGGGCUCUGUGUCCAUGCUGAGCCUAUACACAUCUCCUUCUUUACCCAACAUCUCCUUGGGGCUCUCAACUGCAUCCUCACCCAUUAGCGCGGCUAUGGGCUUGAAAGAUAGAUCAACUGAAAUCAGACACGGACUGCCUGGGCACCUGUUGGGCCCUGUGCCCCUUCAGACGGGCUUAGAGUCUAAGGUGAGCCCCAGCCACCAUGCUCUCCUCCAACACCUCCUUCAGAAGGAGCAAAUGAGACAGCAGAAGAUGAUCUCCUCUGGUCAAGGGUCUAUGUCAUCCCACCCUCAAUCUCCCUUGGCCAUGAAGGAUCGCCCCUCCAGCAGCCGGCCUAAACUACCCAAACACAGACCCUUGAACAGAACCCAGUCUGCACCACUGCCUCAGAACACGCUGGCCCAACUUGUCAUUCAGCAGCAACACCAGCACUUCCUGGAGAAACAGAAACAGUACCAGCAGCAGGUCCACAUAAAUAAGCUGUUAUCCAAGUCCAUCGAGCAGUUACGUCAGCCCAGUGCACACCUGCAGGAGUCAGAGGAGGAGCAGGAGGAGCUGCGGCACAGAGAGGAAGCGGAGAGCAUGCAGGAGGACAGGCUGCCCCCUAGAGGAGUUAUCCGGAAGCACACGCUCAGCAGCAGUAGCAGCGGCUCCAGCAGCGAACUCCCCGAUGCUCACUGUGGGGUCAUAAAGGUCAAGGAGGAGCCGGCAGAUAGCGAGGACGAGGCUCUGACCAAUCAACGCCUGGAGACAGAGCAGAGCACCUAUCUUCACCAGGUCAAAGGAAGACUGGUGAUAAGAGCAAUGAUCUGA